ACAGGCACACCUGGCUUAAAUGUUCUCCAUCUGGAAGCCCUCGUGAUAACCAGCAACCCGCACGGCAUAAAAAGCCGAUCCGGGCCCUGCCAGACCAGUACCGACAGCAGCCAUGGCCAAGCUUCUUCUUCUCACAGGUCUGGCCCUUCUGGUGAAUGCUCAGCUAGGCUCUGCCUACCAGCUGAUAUGCUACUUCUCCAACUGGGCCCAGUACCGGCCAGGCCUGGGCCGCUUCACGCCCGAUGACAUCGACCCCUGCCUCUGCACUCACCUGAUCUACGCCUUCGCCGGGAUGCGCAACAACGAGAUCACCACCAUCGAAUGGAAUGACGUGACCCUCUACCGGGCUUUCAAUGGCCUGAAGAACAAGAACAGCCAGCUGAAAACGCUCCUGGCCAUCGGUGGCUGGAACUUUGGAACUGCCCCUUUCACUGCCAUGGUGUCCACGCCUGAGAACCGCCAGACUUUCAUCGCCUCGGUCAUCAGAUUCCUGCGCCAGUAUGACUUCGAUGGGCUGGACUUUGACUGGGAGUAUCCUGGCUCUCGGGGGAGCCCGCCUCAGGACAAGCACCUCUUCACUGUCCUGGUGCAGGAAAUGCGUGAAGCUUUUGAGCAGGAGGCCAAGCAGGUCAACAGGCCCAGGCUGAUGGUCACGGCCGCAGUCGCCGGUGGCAUCUCCAACAUCCAGGCUGGCUAUGAGAUCCCCCAGCUGUCUCAGUACCUGGACUACAUCCAUGUCAUGACCUAUGACCUCCAUGGCUCCUGGGAGGGCUACACUGGAGAGAACAGCCCCCUCUACAAAUACCCAACCGACACUGGCAGCAAUGCCUACCUCAAUGUGGAUUACAUCAUGAACUACUGGAAGGACAAUGGGGCCCCUGCAGAGAAGCUCAUCGUUGGAUUCCCAUCCUAUGGACACACCUACAUCCUGAGCAACCCCUCCAACCAUGGGAUCGGGGCUCCGAUCACUGGCCCUGGCCCUGCUGGGCCCUACACCAGGCAGUCUGGGUUCUGGGGUUACUAUGAGAUCUGCCCCUUCCUGAAGAAUGGCGCCACUGAAGUGUGGGAGGCUGCCCAGGAUGUCCCCUACGCUUACAAAGGCAAUGAGUGGCUUGGCUAUGACAACACCAAGAGCUUCAAAAUCAAGGCUGACUGGCUGAAGAAGAACAACUUUGGAGGGGCCAUGGUCUGGGCCAUCGAUCUGGAUGACUUCACGGGCACUUUCUGCAACCAGGGCAAAUUCCCCCUGACCACCACCCUGAAGGACGCCCUGGGCCUGCAGAGUGGAAGUUGCACCACCCCAUCUGAGCCCAUUACACCAACAACUCUUGCUCCCAGCACUGGGAGCGGGAGCGGGAGCGGGAGCGGAAGUGGAAGUGGGAGCGGAAUGCCAUCUUUUGAUGACUCAUAUUUUAAAUAUCUUUCAAAUAUAAAAGGCCUUUGUGAAUGCACCUUCUGGCACUGCCUGAAUGGAAUCACGUACCAGCAGAACUGCCAGGUCGGGCUUGUCUUUGACCCCAGCUGUUCUUGCUGCAACUGGCCAUAAACCUGACCAGUCUCCAAUCCCUAGGGUUCUGAACAGUCGUCUUUCUUUAUCUUGCUUCUAACUGGAGUUCGGCAAUAAAAUCCAUCAGU